AUGUCAACAUUUAAGCGCUUAUUACCCGCUCCACCCCCUAGUAAGAAUGCAUGGGGAGUUAAUCAAUCAAUCGAUGGCAAAGAUUCCAACCCAAUCACACAACAAAACGAUAAAUUCUCAAAAAAGUCUAAGGAACAGAAGCGGAAAAACAAUUCAUUUUAUAGAAAUAUUCAAAUUGCAAAUUUGGCAGAUCAAAGCUCAAAUCUAACCGAGGACAUUGAGAUAAUAUCUAAUAAGAUGAAAAUCAUUUCAUUUUCUCAAUCUCCCAUUCUACCAUCAACCAAUGAUAACCACGCAGCCACUGUACUGUUACCAACUUCAAUUUCAAACUUGAACUAUAAAUUAGCCAAUAUGGCUAGCAUUGACGAUGAUAACAAGCACAUCCAUCGGGAUAAAUGUGAAGAUACAGCAGAAGAAGAUGACAGAGAGAUCCUCAUUAGCGUUGGGAAAAACACAAAGAUCAAAAAACCCAAAUUUCCAAAGUCCAGUAAAAUCAAAGGUGGCACUGGAUUGUACAAGUAUAGGAUCGGUGGUGACUGUCCCAAAGAAAUACCCCCAUAUGCCACAAAUGUAGUAAACACAUACCCUCUACCAUUUGAAAUUCUACCAUUUGAGGCUCAACUGUUUGAUAUUAUUCCAUCUCCGCAUGAUUCUUUCACAACAAGCAUUGGCUCGGCACUGUCAUUUCCCAAUUCUGCUUCUCCAAUGCUAGUAUAUCCCCAAUUUGGAAUCCCGAUUUAUCAAAUACCAGUUUUCAACGAAGCACAUCCAAAUUCAUCUUUACCAAUUUCACCAAUUUCACCACUGCUACAGUCUCCGCAAUCACAAGCAUCACCAAUUUUCCCACGACCACCACCAUCAUCAUCAUCAUCUCCACUUCAACAGCCACCUUCACCUGUAAUCAGUGUUAAAAAGGAGAGUAUCAAACAUCAGAUUGAAUACUAUUUCUCAACUGAAAAUCUUUGCAAGGAUACUUAUCUAAGAUCCUUAUUUGAUAAAUCUGAUGGUAGCAUUCAGUUAAGUCAAUUGUUGAAUUUCAAUAGAAUGAAAAUGCUUACCAAUAAUGGGAAAUACAUCAAUUUAGUCUUGGAAUCUAUCCAAGAAAUACCAAUAUUGGAAUUAUUGCUUGAUAAAAAUGAUAAAAGUAAUGAUAGUGUGCGACUCGUGAACUGGAAGAGUUGGAUUAUUUAA